AUGGCCAAGAAAAUUUCUUAUUUGGAAAAACCAGAAUCUAGUAUUUCUAUUGCUCCUGAGUCAAACAAUCUUAUCAAAAGUCUAGCAGAUAAGUUUAAUGAUGACAUAGAAAAUUUUAUGAUACAUAAAUUUUAUCCAGGAAUCCUAGACUAUCUUGAUAAAUUAAUAGACAGUCAUUCAGAAAAUUGUUUAGUAUUUGAAGAUGCUAUCAAUGAUGUUAAAGCUUGCUUUAAAUGCAGGAAUGCAUUUGAGUUGUAUCCUAAAAACUAUGGGGAAACAGAAAAACUUGAUUCCCUUGAAUUAUUUGAUCCAAGCAAAUAUGGAUUGCCUCCAUAUUAA